AUGUAUAAAAAGCUAAUAGUUUUCUUAACUAUCUUAAUAUUUAACUAUUUGAAGAUAACAUGUUUCACUAACAAUGGAUAUGAGAAAAAAACAUUCUCGUCCUUACGAAUGAAUAAAGAAAAUUAUUGGAAAAAUAAAAUUUUAAGAAAAAAGAAAAAUGAAAAUAAUUUAAGAAUAAAUGUUGAAAGCAAUCAAAAUGAUAAAAUCGAUAAUAUAAAAAAUAAAAAUGAAAAUGAAAAUGAAAUUUGUUUUAUUGCAGGGGUAGGAGAUUCAAAUGGGUAUGGUUGGGGUAUAGCCAAAGAGCUUAGUAAAAGAAAUGUAAAAGUAAUUUUUGGAGUAUGGCCCCCUGUUUAUAACAUAUUUAUAAAAAAUUUAGAAUCUGGAAAAUUCGACAAAGAUAUGAUAAUUAAUAAUGAUAAUUCCAAACGAAUGCAAAUACUCGAUGUUUUACCACUUGAUGCUGGAUUUGAUAAUUAUGAUGAUAUAGAUGAAGAUACAAAAAAUAAUAAGAGAUAUAAUAAUUUAAAAAAUUAUAGUAUUGAAGAAGUAGCUAAUUUAAUUUAUAAUAAAUAUGGAAAAAUAUCAAUGCUUGUGCAUUCAUUAGCUAAUGGAAGAGAAGUACAAAAAAGUUUAUUAGACACAAGUCGAGAUGGAUAUUUAGAUGCUAUUAGUAAAAGUUCUUAUUCUUUAAUAUCUUUAUGUAAACAUUUUUGUAAAUUUAUGAAUUCAGGAGGAAGUGUUGUUUCAUUAACAUAUCAAGCUAGCCAAAAAGUUGUACCUGGAUAUGGUGGUGGUAUGUCAAGUGCAAAAGCUGCAUUAGAAUCUGAUACAAGAGUGUUAGCUUAUUAUUUAGGUAGAAAAUAUAACAUAAGAAUUAAUACUAUUAGUGCAGGACCACUUAAAUCUCGAGCAGCUACUGCUAUUAAUAAAUUUAAUAAUAAUCAAAAAAAUAAUAUGAACAGUUCAGGUGAAACUGAUAAACAAAAUUACUCAUUUAUUGAUUAUGCAAUUGAUUAUUCAGAAAAAUAUGCACCCUUAAAAAAAAAAUUACUAUCUACUGAUGUUGGAUCUGUUGCUUCAUUUCUUUUAUCAAAAGAAAGUAGUGCAGUUACUGGUCAAACAAUAUAUGUGGAUAACGGAUUGAAUAUUAUGUUUGGGCCUGAUGAUUUAUUUCAAUCUUCGGACUCAUAA